AUGGGCCGGUCUAAAGGAGAGACAUUGGGUCAGUCUAAAGAAGAGACAAUGGGCUGGUCUAAAGGAGAGACACUUGGUCCGUCUAAAGGAGAGACAUUGGGUCAGUCUAAAGGAGAGACAUUGGGUCAGUCUAAAGGAGAGACACUGGGCCAGUCUAAAGGGGAGACAAUGGGCCGGUCUAAAGUAGAGACACUGGGUCCGUCUAAAGGAGAGACACUGGGUCAGUCUAAAGGAGAAACACUGGGUCAGUCUAAAGGAGAGACACUGGGCCAGUUUAAAGGAGAGAUACUGGGUCCGUCUAAAGGAGAGACACUGGGGCAGUCUAAAGGAGAGACAUUGGGUCAGUCUAAAAGAGAGACACUGGGCCGGUCUAAAGGAGAGACAUUGGGUCAGUCUAAAAGAGAGACACUGGGCCGGUCUAAAGGAGAGACACUGGGCCACUCUAAAGGAGAGACAUUGGGUCAGUCUAAAGGAGAGACACUGGGCCAGUCUAAAGGAGAGACAUUGGGUCAGUCUAAAGAAGAGACAAUGGGCCGGUCUAAAGGAGAGACAUUGG